AAAUCUCAGCACUAGUACAUUGUUCGAUAGUAUCUCUGCUGUGUACUCUGGGGUGUGUUUUUUUUCUUGAGUUAAAGGUUGGUGUGGAGAGAAAGGGAGGUGCGGAGAGUGUAGACUCCGCCCUCCCCCGGGCUCUUGUCUUGUGUUCACUCUCACUGGCGGCGGGCAGCUGCAAUCCCCGGGACACAAAGCCUCCUCAGCUCGGGAUCUGCAUCUCCCUUUCUCCCUCCCCGGAGCUGCACCUUAGUUUCUGCCCGUCUCCCCGUUCGCACCUUCUUGCAGAGAGGAGCACCUAGAUUUUAGUUGGGUUUUUUUUUACCCCCCCGGGUUGGAGAGAGAUUAUCCUGAUAGCAAUUUAGGCGAGGUUGGAGAUUUGCCUCGGUGGGACGACCACCCUUCUUUUACUCUCCUCCCUCCCUCCUUCCUUCACCUCCGUGAAAGGCGGGAAACCAUGGGGCUGCAGCCUUUGGAGUUCAGCGACUGUUAUGUGGAGAGCCCUCACUUUCGCGAGAGGCUGAGGGCGCACGAAGCCGAGCUGGAAAAGACCAACAAGUUCAUCAAGGAGUUGCUGAAGGAUGGGAAGGCGCUGGUGACAGCCACGAAAACUCUUUCAGAAGCACAGCGGAAAUUUGCUCAGUCUCUUGGAGGGUUUUCGUUUGAGUUUAUCGGGGAUGCUGAGACAGAUGAUGAACGGUCUAUAGAUGAGUCCAUUCAGGAGUUUGCCGCAUUUUUACGUACUCUCGAGGAACAGAGGGAAAUGAUGGCUCGCAACAUCGACGAAACAUUUAUGAAACCAUUGGAUAGGUUCCGAAGGGACCUGAUCGGAGCAGCAAAGGAAGCAAAGAAAAAAUAUGACAAAGAAACUGAAAAAUACUACAGUACAUUGGAGAAACAUGUCAAUUUGUCAUCAAAAAAGAAAGAAGCAUCACUAUUGGAGGCAGAUAGUCAGCUCGAGCAGAUUCAGCAACACUACUAUGAAUUAUCACUGGAAUACGUGUGCAAAGUGCAAGAAAUUCAAGAACGCAAGAAGUUUGAAUUUGUGGAACCUAUGCUGUCUUUCUUUCAGAUGCUUUUCACAUUUUAUCAUCAAGGUUAUGAACUGGCCAAAGAUUUUGAUCACUACAAAACUGACUUACACCUCCACAUACAAAAUGCGAGGAAUCGAUUUGAGGGUACAAGGUCAGAAGUGGAGGACCUAAUGAACAAGAUUAGAAAGAAUCCUCACGAACAUACUCGGACAACGCCGUUCACCACGGAAGGAUACCUUUAUCUACACGAGAAAAGAACAGGUCCCUUUGGCUCAAGUUGGGUGAAAUAUUACUGCACUUAUAAAAAGGAGACAAAGAGGUUUACCAUGUUGCAGUUUGAUCAGAGAUCAGGUGGGAAAAUUGGCGAUGAAGAUGCAUUUAUUGUUAAAUCCUGCACAAGGAAAAAGUCUGAUUCCACAGACAAGAGAUUUUGCUUUGACAUCGAAGGAAAGGACAGGCAGAGUGUUAUCACUCUCCAAGCGAUUACAGAAGAAGACCGUAGACAGUGGAUGGAAGCUUUGGAUGGCAAAGAACCAGUAUAUUUAAUCACCAGGAAUAAUUCAAGAAAAGAAGGAAAUAUGCAACUGGAUGAAAUGGGUUUCAACAUACUAAAGAAAUGCAUCCAUGUACUUGAGACACGUGGACUGAAUGAUCAAGGUAUAUAUAGAGUGGUUGGAGUCAGUUCAAAAGUCCAGAAGCUGGUGAACCUGUUAAAUGACCCAAAGACCUGUGCUGAAUUGGACCUGGAUAACUCGCUGGAAUGGGAAACAAAAACCAUCACAAGUGCACUGAAACAGUAUAUGCGAAAUCUUCCAGAGCCUAUCAUGACUUACAAGUUGCAUUCAGAAUUUAUUUCUCUAACCAAAAGCGGCAGUCCUGAAACGAGAAUCAAGCCACUUCAUUCUCUCAUUCACAAACUUCCAGAAAAGAAUCGAGAAUUAUUAGGCAUUCUCGUCAAGCAUUUGGCUAACGUAUCUGAUAAUGCAAAACAAAACCUGAUGACCGUUGCAAACCUUGGUGUUGUAUUCGGACCAACUCUGAUGAGAGCUCGGCAAGAAAGUGUUGCUGCCAUCAUGGAUCUCAAGUUUCAGAACAUUGUGGUGGAAAUUCUAAUUGAAAACUAUGAAACGAUAUUUGGAACGGUUCCAGAUGCCAGUGUGGGUCAGUCAGAGACUUGCAUAACACUAUCCUCAAAUAGACUGACCAGAAGGAUGACACAAGGCGCACGCCAUUCAAGAUCAAGGCCCAUAGCCGUAUAUAAUUUUUCGGCAGACGCAGAAAAAGGUGAAAAUCCCAAUAGCAUGACAGAUGAUACUCCAAGUGGAAGCAUGGAAUCUAUUUCUUCCCAUUCCUCAGUUACUACAACAUCUUCCAACUCCAACAGCCCACCAGAGCAAGCCAGGAAUCAUGUUCGUGCAAGCAUUGUUCACGCCACAGAUGGCACGUCCCCCUCAACUACACCAAUGGUUUCCUGGUUCAAUCUCUCGUCAACAUCGCAAUCAGUGCCGUCUUUACAGUUUCCAAGUGUGACUCCCACAAGUGAAGAAUUUCCAUCUGGGGUCCCAAACCUUAAAGCCAAGGCCGUCUAUUCUUGUGAGGCUGAGCAUCUCUCGGAGUUAUCCUUCAAAGUGGGACAAAUAUUUGAAAACGUUCACACUUCACGGGAACCCGGCUGGUUGGAAGGAACGCUCGAUGGCAAGACUGGGCUCAUUCCACAAAAUUAUGUUGAAUUCCUGGAGCACUGAUCAUUUGAAAAUUGUAAGAAAAACUUUUCAUGGUAUCCAUGGGCAUCCUUGACAAGACGAUCCUUGCUGUUCCUUCAGUGGUUCCACACCUGACAUCUUAGAAUUGGAACAAAGGCAAAUGCUGAUUUGCAUAUUAACAUAACCAACCUUGAGCAUCUGUAAAAUUUGUGUUUUUAAAAUUAAAUAUUAACUAAAGUGCUGCUGGUACUUCGGCAUGCUAUUUUACUUAUCAGACUUUUUAUCAUAGGAUUUAGCAGCUGGGGUCAGUGUUAGGAAAUGGUAUUGCAAUAAAACAAACAACAAAUGUUAUCUUUGUAGACUCAAGCUCUAAUAUCUAUUUUGUUGUCAAAAUUUGAUUCCACAUGGAUUUUUACUGUGCUUCAUGCAUAUAAACAAGUGAACGCAACAAAAGGUGGGUGAGAUGGCAGUUACAGUGUCCUCCGUAAUGUUUGGGACAAAGAUGCAUCAUUUAUUUAUUUAUGUACACCACAAUUUGAGAUUUGUAAUCGACAAAUUCACAUGUGGUUAAAGUGCACACUGUCAGAUUUUAAUAAAGGCCAUUUUUAUGCAUUUUAGUUUCACCAUGUAGAAAUUACAGCAGUGUUUAUACAUAGUUCCCCUCCAUUUCAGGGCACCAUAAUGUUUGGGACACAGCAAUGUCAUGUAAAUGAAAGUAGUCAUGUUUAGUAUUUUGUGGCAUAUCCUUUGCAUGCAAUGACUGCUUGAAAUCUGCGAUUCAUGGACAUCACCAGAUGCUGUGUGUCUUCUCUGGUGAUGCUCUGCCAGGCCUGUAUUGCAGCCAUCUUUGACUUAUGCUUGUUUUGGGGGCUAGCCCCCUUGUUUUCUCUAAAAUAUAAAAAGCAUGCUCAAUUGGGUUCAGAUCGGGUAAUUGACUUGGCCACUCAAGAAUUUACCAUUGUUUAGCAUUGAAAAGCUCCUUUGUUGCUUUAGCAGUAUGUUUGGGAUCAUUGUCUUUCUGUAGAAUGAACCGCCAGCCAAUGAAUUUUGAGGCAUUUGUUUGAAAUUGAGCAGAUAGGAUGUGUCUAUAGAGUUCAGAAUUCAUUAUGCUACUACCAUCAGCAGUUGUAUCAUCAAUGAAGAUAAGUGAGCCAGUAUCUUCAGCAGCCAUACAUGCCCAGGCCAUAACACCCCCACCACCGUGUUUCACAGAUGAGGUGGUAUAGUUUGGAUUGUGGGCAGUUCCUUCUCUCCUCCAUACUUUACUCUUGCCAUCACUCUGAUAUAAGUUAAUCUUCGUCUCAUCUGUCCACAAGACCUUUUUGCAGAACUGUAGUUGCUCUUUUAAGUACUUCUUGGCAAACUGCAACCCGGCCAUCCUAUUAUUGCGGCUAACCAGUGCUUUGCAUCUUGCAGUGUAACUUCUGUAUUUCUGUUCACAAAAUCUUCUGCGGACAGUGGUCAUUGACAAAUCCACACGUGACUCCUGAGGUGUGUUUCUGUUCUGUCGGACAGGUGUUUGGGUUUUUUCCUUUAUUAUCAAGAGAAUUCUUCUGUCAUCAGCUGUGGAGGUCUUCCUUGGCCUGCCAGUCCCUUUGCGAUUAGUAAGCUCACCAGUGCUCUCUUUCGUAAUGAUGUUCCAAACAGUUGAUUUUGGUAAGGCCAAGGUUUGGCUGAUGAUACAGUUCUCUUUAAUUCUCUUUAAUUGAUGAUUAACAGUUUUAUUCUUGUUUCUCAGUCACAUAAUGGCUUCUUUGACUUUCAUUGGCACAACUUUGGUCCUCAUGUUGAUAAACGGCAAUAAAAGUUUCCAACGGUGAUGGAAAGACUGGAGGAAAGACUAGGUGCUGAGAGCUCUCUUAUACCUACAUUAAGGAGGCAAUUAAACACACCUGAGUAAUUACAAACACCUGUGAAGCCAUGUGUCCCAAACAUUAUGGUGCCCUGAAAUGGGGGGGGGGACUAUGUAUAAACACAGCUGUAAUUUCUACAUGGUGAAACCAAAAUGUAUAAAAAUACCCUUUAAUAAAAUCUGACAAUAUACACAUGUGAUUUUUUUUUUUCUAUUACAAAUCUCAAAUUGUGGAGUACAGAGGCAAAUAAAUGAUAGGUCCCAAACAUUAUGAAGGGCAGUGUAUUUCUAUGCACUUUGGAUUUUUGCAUUGCCGAUCAUGUCUAAUGUUAGGAUGUUUCAAUUUUAAGAAACAGUGGAAAUUAAAAAAAAAAUAUUGAUGUAUAUUUGUGAAACCUAUGAAGUAAUUGGAUAAUAUGAAUCUUAAAACUAAUAGAUCUGAUUACAGCAUUUUUAUAAGAUGUUAAUGAAUGUAUCAUUUAGCUUUUAUUAAUAGGACAAUUCCAUUCAAAUUAUAACAAUUACAUUUCUUGUUUGUAUAUUUUGUUAAUUUUAACGAGAAAAUUUGAACUAUAUUUAGUUUAAGACUCUGUAAUACUUGAGAAUUGUUUAAGUUUUAAUAGUUCUGUACAAGAAUGGUUAGCAGUGUCACAGACCUAAAGCCUUAACAAAUCUGAGGAAUUUUCUAUAACUAUAAGAGAGAAUAAAAAUCACUGCCAUCGUUUUGAAAUUUCCGUUUUGAAGCUAAUGGUUCAUAAAGUUUUACUGGAUCUUUUAUGUCAUGAAAUUUUUAUUAUUUCAACUAGAGGUUUUAAAUGGAAAUCUUCUAGUUGAUGAAAAAUAAAUGUUAUAUCUCAUUAUUAAAAAUUGAGGAUUAUAAUUUCCUGCAUGCCUUUCAUUGGAACCGUAGGAUGGCCUUUUCAGUGUAUAAAAUACUAACAAUAUGUUGGUGCAUUCUAGUCAUGAAUGAUUUGGAGGCAUUGCUAUUUUACCCAAUGUCCUUGUUAAUAACAUGUUGGUGAAACUGAAUCCCUGCUCCUUAUGUCUCUCCCGUAAAGAGGGGUAUGAGGAG